ACAUUAUUAUUUGUGUGCAUUGUUGUCCACACCUCAAUUCAGUGCAUUUUCUAGUAGGGAUCAUUAUGAGAUCGCAGGUUGGGAUGAUGACAGCUCGAUUGUACUGCUCGUUGAUUGCUGUUUUAUGUUGUCUUUCUGGAUACUUGAGCAUAACAGAUGUUACUGAAGGACAAACUGCAGCAAAGCCAGGAGAGUGUCCCCCUCAAACAUCUGGAAGCUUGUUUAAUGGGUCCUGUAACGGUGACUCUGACUGUCCCAACGAUGAGAAGUGCUGCGGCAAUGGAAGUGGAAAUUACUGUACAGCUCCUUAUACAGUGAAGCCGGGUCAGUGUCCCAAACCGAAGCGUGUUCCAGAAUGUGCUGACCUCUGUUUCCAUGAUGGCCAGUGUCCUGCCACACAGAAGUGUUGCCCAACCACCUGUGGCCAUGCAUGUAGUGAACAAAGUGAUCAGGAAAGUGGUCCGGAAAGUGAUCAGGAAAGUGGUCCGGAAAGUGAUCAGGAAAGUGGUCCGGAAACUGGUCAGGGAAGUGGUCAGGGUAGCGGUUAUGGUCAGGGAAGCGGAUAUGGUCAAGACUCGGAACGAGUCUAUUUGCUGAUCAAUGGAAACCCUUAA